AUGGCCGACAAAUAUGAGCCUCCUCAAUACCCUCCACCCGCGCAGUACCCCAACCACAGCCAGACAGGCUUCCAGUCCCCUCCUCCCCAAAUGGCCUACGACCCUAACUACCAGCAACAGUACGAUGCCAGCCGCGGCAUGAACCAGGGUUACUACGGUGGGCCGCCGCCGCCGCAGGGCUACUAUGGCGGCCCUGGAUACGGGCCACCGCCUCCGGGCUGGAACGGUCAGCCGCAGCCGGUCAUAUAUCAGAGGGAUCGAAGCGGCGAUGGGCCAGGUAUCUGCACAGGAAUAUUGGCCGGGUUGGCGUGCUGUUGCUGUUUAGAGGCAUUAUUUUAA